AUGAACUACAAAGUCAAUGUUCAUGAAUGUUCUCAAAGGAUAAUAUAUAAUGUGCACAAUUUCUGGUUUUGUUCCGUGUUAUGUGUACGAAAUGCCGGUAGCACCAGUGCUUUCGCACUUAGCAAGAAUCACAGAAUUUUCCGCAAAAUUGAUGACAUUCAAGAUAAUUCCAUUUUACGAAAAGGUAUUCCUGUCACUCAUUCUGUUUUUGGGGUUGCUAACUCACUAAAUGCAGCCUUUUAUAUAAUGUUUAUUACUGUGGAACGACUUAUUAAUUUACAACAUCCUGCAGCAACAAAAGUAUAUAUAGAACAAUUGUUGGAACUUCAUAGAGGUCAAGGAAUAGAUAUUUUUUGGCGGGAUAAUUUCAUUUGUCCAAGUGAGGAAGAUUAUAAGGCUAUGGCAAUAAAAAAGAUUGGUUUUCUCUUUAACUUGCCAAUAAGAUUAAUGAAUUUGUUCUCAACUUACGAAGAAGAUUUAUCGCCGCUGUUAGCUCUUUUGAGUUUAUACUAUCAAAUACGUGACGAUUAUUGUAAUUUAUGCCUCAGUGAUUAUACCGAAAAUAGUUACUGUGAUGAUUUGACUGAAGGAAAAUUCAGCUUUCCAGUUAUUCAUGCGCUUAAAACCAAUCCUGAUGAUACGCAAAUAAUGAAUAUUUUGAAACAACGAACGAAAGAUAUCGAAAUGAAACGUCAUUGCAUUAAAUUGUUAGAGAAAUUUGGCUCUCUCAAGUAUACAAGAAGCGUACUUGAAGAAUUGGAGUUGAAAGUAAGAGCUGAGAUUGAUCGCUUAGGAGGCAAUCCGUUCCUAAUAAAAAUUCUAGAUGAGUUGAAGAAUUGGGAUAGCAAAGAAGCGACCCAAGAUCCCUUAACACGGACAUUUUUAUAAGAAAGAAAGAGCGGUAAAGGAGAGAGCACAUGAGGGUAGAGGAAGGAGGAGGAAGAUGCACGAAGGGCCCUGAGAAGGACAGGAAGGAGGAAAGGAUGAAGGAGCAUCAAAAGGGAGGAGAAAGGAAGGGGAAAGAACGAGAGGAAGCAGGACGGAAUGAAGGGAGAUACAGAGAGGGAGAAGGAAGGGAUUUAGGGGGGAGGGUCCUGUUUAAGAGGAGGAAGGGGGAAGGGUGCGUGGGGAGGGAGGGGGUUCUAGAAUGUAUGGGUCGCAAAAGCGGCCAGGUCGGGAAAAUUAGAGGGUUUAAGAUGUAAAGGGUUCGAGAACGCUCCCUGCAAAAGCGCAUUGUAUAUCUUUAAU